CCUGAUCUUCAUCUGUGUGUGUGUGUGUCUGUGUGUGUGAAGGCGAACAUCUACCUCUGCUUUACUCCCAUGCCGUCUGCUUCUGCCGCUGAGCGCGCAGGAGCACUUUAAAAGCGCGUGGUGAAAGAGGAGCGCGUCCUGCUCCUCCCGCGCGCCUCCGUCCCGCCACACGUGUCGGUGAGAGAGACUGAAGACACUGCUCUCCAAGUCAGUGCGCGCCAGAGGACGGCGAAACUUUUUAGCGAGACUUGAAUAAGCAAGCAUCAGCAGAAAAAAAAAGUUAAGCAGGAGAAGAAGAAAAAAGGAAAAGCGCAGUUUGGGCCCUGCCCCAAAAAGCUCAUUAACAUCAACAGCAAAGCAAACUGGUUUGUAUUUUUUCUGUUUUAAGGGGACCCUCAUCAACCAGCAAGAUUUCGCCCAAAAGCAGACAGGAGGAGCGCCCCGCGCUGACCAGGCUGGUGGGCAGAAAGCGGCUGAUCGCGGCCGGGGUGCUCGGAGUGGUCAUGGUCCUGCUGCUGGUCGUGCUCAUCCCCGUACUGGUCAGCUCCGCCGGCACCUCGGCGCACUACGAGAUGCUGGGCACGUGCAGGAUGGUGUGCGACCCUUACGGCACGAAGUCUCCCACCAGCGCGGCCACGGCGGCGGACACGGCGCGGGACGGCGGCCUCGUGCAGUCGCUGCCUACUUUCAUCCAAGGACCCAAAGGGGAGCCGGGGCGGCCCGGGAAGGCAGGACCAAGGGGCCCACCUGGAGAGCCAGGACCACCCGGACCCGCCGGCCCGCCCGGAGAGAGAGGGGAGCCGGGACGCCCCGGCUUACCUGGGCCCCCGGGACCCAACGGCGCGGGCGCCAUCAGCGCGGCCACUUACAGCACCGUGCCCAAGAUAGCGUUUUACGCCGGACUGAAGAAGCAGCAUGAGGGCUACGAGCUGCUCAAGUUCGACGACGUGGUGACCAACCUGGGCAACCACUACGACCCCACUACGGGCAAGUUCACCUGCUCCAUCCCGGGGAUCUAUUUCUUCACCUACCAUGUGCUGAUGCGGGGCGGAGACGGUACCAGCAUGUGGGCAGACCUGUGCAAAAACAACCAGGUCCGAGCGAGCGCCAUCGCCCAGGACGCGGACCAGAACUACGACUACGCGAGUAAUAGCGCGGUGCUGCACCUAGAGCCCGGGGACGAGGUCUACAUCAAACUGGACGGAGGCAAAGCCCACGGAGGCAACAAUAACAAAUACAGCACCUUCUCUGGCUUUAUCAUCUACGCCGAUUAGGACAACACAGCUCCUUACCCACCCCCACCUGAGCUGCCCCAGCCCGUACUUGCGCCCCCCUCCUUUUUUUUCCUUUUUAACCCCCCGCCGGUCUCAGAGGCAAGUGACACACUCCCUCAUCCGCACCAUUCUGGACCUCCAGAAGAGGUUGGUAAGGAUGUGUGCGUGGGGGGCAGCGUGUUAGAAGGCCGCGCCCCCACUCCGUGUCCUCCAAGUCUCGAUUCAAAACGCGAGAGUCUUUGGGAAGGACAAGUGAAAGUCCAGCGAAGCAGGAAUGUAACGAGCAGGACAACUUCACAGAAGAGCAACACAAAAAAAGAAUCUCCAGUGAAUCGCGCUGUCCUUCUGUUAAUCACCAAAGCAAUUUCUGGUGUUCUGUAAAUUGUCGUUUCUGUAACUACAAAACAAAGCCUAGUCACGAGAGACUUUUUAUUACAUGCGAAUUCAAGCAAAUCAGUUUGUGCAAUAACCUUAACAAAUGACGCCCAUGAUUCAAAUACUCCUUGCCUAUUAAGCUUUUCCAAUACCCCCACCCCAAUUACUGUGCUACCUAAAACUCCUCCAGUUCAUAGUUUGUGAAUCAUUUAUGACUCUGGUACUGAUAAUCUGAUCUCAAAUAGCCCAGUUGAAAUUAAGAAUGAUAUGCACAGUUACGAAAAAAAGGCCAGAAGCUGAGACAGAGACCAGUGAACUGCUCUGAAGCAGCUGUAGAAGAGCUAUCUCCAUUAUAACCAGUCAAACACCACCUGCAGGGUUAUGGUUGAGGCGCAGUCUCAUGGCAUAAUCCAAAUGCAGUCUAUGUUACAUCCACUUGGUUGUAGCUGAUUGAUCCAUUACAUGUCUUCAAUAAAACAGCUGAACUUUAGAACACGUUGUUGUUAAAGGUUGAACUAAUGAUGCCGCGAUGAGUGUUUGUUGGUUUCAGGAGGUGUAGAAUAUGAGCUGGUCUUUCAAAUAAGUGUUAAUGGUAGAGCAUGACUUUGAUGAAUUACUCACACCAGAGUUGUCUAACUUCAGUAUAGCCAGUUUAUUUUUUAUCUACAUAUAUCAACAAAAUAUAUUAAAAAGUUCAGAUUCUGCAGUGUGACAAAGGCUCAGUAGUAGGAACCCUGUCUGUUUUGACAUAGACCUGUUGAACCGAGGCUGAAUGUGGUUUGUGAUAUAUUGAGAGCACUAUGCAGAAUGUAUGUGUUGAUAUGUAAAUGUGUAUCUAUCUAAAAGAGAGUCAGCGAAUGUGACUAUACUGAUAUCGCUACUUAUUUUCUAUGUACAUAUUGUAGUGAUUGAUUUAUUUUUCUCCCUUAAAUAUACAAAUGUCUGGAAAGCACAGGAGCGUCUUGGUGUUUUGGAAAAAGUGUGCUGAAAUCACUGCGUCCACUCAGUCUCUCCUUCAGAAAUAUGUAUGAACCAGUGUGCAGUGAGUUUAGAUGGGAGGAUUUGAAAUGGAGUGCACUUCAUUUGUAUGCAGUUUGAUCACACUUUUUUUUCAUUAAAUGGAAGUUUGAUCUGA